UUGGACAGCGCCAGGCGCCUCAAACGCAUCACAGGAACUUGAGCGCAUCGCCCUCCUCCAGCCCAGACAAACCGCAAAAACAGCCUCAUCUACUUUACUUUUUUACACAUUCAAACCUCUCAAGUUCCCUCCAGUCUCUCUUCUCCUCUUGGACUUACUUGUUCGGACAAAACCCAUGUUUUUCCCCCCUCCCUCUGCCGGGUAAAUGGCGCACUAGAGCCGCUCUCGGAGCACCGGGAACCGGACUCCUCUCGCCCCCCGUCCGUCUGCCUCCUGCUGGCUGCUGGAGCGAUGCCCGGGGCGGGAUGUGCUCCAGUCGCAAGAUCCUGUGGAGCCUGCUCCUGCUGUCCGUGGUGGAGGUCGGCCUGGGUGUGGCGAGCAUUGUCCUGGGAGCCGUGGGCAUCAGCUGGGUCCGGGGCGAACACAAGCCGCAGCAGGGCGAUGCGUCCCCGGUGUGGAGCGGGCUCUGUUUUUUGGUCUGUGGGAUGUGUGGAGUGCUGUGUGCUCGGAAGAGGACAGGUCUUAUUAUGAUCUUGUUUUCUGCGUGUUGCAUCUGUGGUCUGAUCGGUGGGAUCCUUAACUUCCAGUUUGUUCGUGCUCUGAACAAACGACCAAACUCCAUGCACUCCAUCCACCUGGCUGCUAUGACUCUCGCCUGCCUGGGGAUCUCCUCUUGUACCUUGUCCACAUGGCUGACCUGCCGGCUGGCGAGUUCCGAGCAGCAGAGGAUGUUCCUGGAGAGGGAACACUCGUUGCACCACUCCCAUGAAAUGACAGAAAAGCAGGAAGUCCUGGACAACUCCAGUAAUGGUAUUCCUCAGAUCUCCUACAACGGACACACCGCCACAUCACCAUGACAACGUAUCACCAAAGGCAACUUGCGCACACUUGGACAGAGACAGCUCUUGAGUUGCUUGCUGUCAAUAGACAAAAACAGCAUGUCUUUCUACUUCUGCGUAUCCUCCAGCAUAUAUAUACAUGUAUCCUAACUGCAGGGAGUGCACCCAGGUCUGAGGCCUUGGAAGCCAAUGCUCUGCUGCUGAAGUCAGAAGGACAUUUUGAUGGUAAAAUGGAGGCCAGUAAAUAUGCAAACAUGGGUUCGAGUCCCCUUUGCUCACAACAAACCAAAGUCAGGAUGGAGAGCUGCCGUUCGGGCGACAAUUCAGGUGACCAACAUCUGCGUGGCAUCGUCUGACCUUUAAUCCAAUGAGCAGGACGGAUAGAUUUUAUCCAUUCAGAUGCCUCAAAGUGAUGAGCACAAACCGAGCAUGCAGCUGAUCCACUUGUUUUGAAGAGCUACUGCUAUUUCAGUCUUGACCUCCUUAUUCUCUCUCUGUCUUGUAAUGGGUUUAGGGAAUGCAGAUCUUCAGAUAGCCCACAGUAAACUGUAUGUAUCGUCUGAUAAAGGAAUGCUUUGAAAACACAGUGUUGCUCAGUGUACUGUAUAUCCAUGCUUGUAUAUCAGGAAUCUUGUCGUAUCUAUAAAUCAAACAUAUUUUUAUAAAUGCUUCUUAUAAAAGGGAAUUCAAUUAAAGUAUGACAAAUCUGA